AUGAUCCAGGCGAUUGCAGCUUUCUCUGGCGGCCUUUGGGUUCAAAACCGCCUCAGCGAUUUGCAGCUUCCGCACCUCAGUCGGAGGGUGAACGAAGCGGAAACUUUCAAGCUCUCCGUGCGGGUAAUCGCCGCGUCGAUUCCGGGACUGUCGGACAGCGGCUACGUGACGCGCGAGCGGCCGCGCGUGGCAGCGGUCCUGGGCAGCGUGCGGAAGGAGACGGAGUUCGGAGAUGUAGCGGAGAAUGACGAAGACUUUGGAGUUGAUGAUGACAUCCCCUCCUGCGACUGGAAGUUCAACGAAACUCUGACUUUCGCCGCGUCGGUGAAUGACAUCAUGGCUGGGCAGACGAUCCAGCUGUGGCUCCACACCAAGAGCGACGUCUACCUCGGUCCUUUUCAGGUGAACCUCGCGAGGAACCGGGAUGUUGGCGUCUGCUCCGUGGAGGUCAGGAAGCAAGUCCUGCCCGACUGCGUCCCCGUGGACGAGCGCGCAGGGGACUCUGCCCGCCACGGCGAGUCCCCGCCGGCGGCCAAGCGCGGCCCCCACCUUGUUUGGGAGACAAAAGUUCUGCCCUUUGCGCUGACACAUGUGGACUCCAACAGCGGCGGUGACUUCGUUCUGGGUCAGGCCGCUGGCCACGUGCUGGUCAAGUUCAGCAUGAAUGCGGAUCCCCAGGCGAUGCUGCGCCGGGCAGAGACGGCGGCUCGGCCGCUCGUCGACCGCGUCGCUGACCCGUUUAAGCAGAUCAUCUCGGCGCCGGUCCGGUGGGUUGAGGCGGCGACCGAGGCCGCCAGCUGCGACGGGGUGGACACGUACUGCGGAGUAGGUCGCGGGUACCGAGAAAUUUGCUCGAUGCCCGACUCGCCCCUGGGCCUUGGGCCACCUGUGGCUAGCGACCUGCCUGCAGACGGUUGGGUGAAGCACCUAGGCCCUGAUGGCCGGGAGUUCUGGCACCACCUGUCCUUGGGGCCCCCGCCCUGGGAUCGGCCCGGCUUCCGGGCGUUGCCUGAUCGGCCAGUCUCCAUCAACGGCUGUGUUGCCGGCACCGAGGAGGACAGCGUGCUCCGUUUGCCCUCGAAGGAGCGGUUCAAGGAGGGGACGCAGAUCUUCAACCUGGAUUUAAACAAGGGGCAGGAGGCGUCCAAUGAAACACCUGAUCCAACGAUGGCUGGAAAUGUGGUGACCUGGGAAGACGUUGUGGAGCAGGAAAGUGUUGAAGACAGCUAUGUGGUGCUGGUGAAAGAGCAGAUUGUGAAGAAAGUUGACGAAGCCUUGACAGAGGCUUUGGAGGCGCUGCGAAACACAGCGAAAGGGGUCAAGCUAUUCUGGAAGGCUACUGGCACAGUCUGCCCUGUCGACCUUGUUAUUGCAUUGGAACCCGCGCCCGCUUGCAGUGGCCGCCUCUUGUCUUCGUCUCACACUUUCCUCUUCGGGCCAACAAUACAGGAUGAAUGCUGCCAAUUCAUCAUGAGACAGCCUCAGGUGGUGAAAGAUUGUGUCAAGCUCAUGAAGUUGUAUGCUGUAUAUGAGCAGCGUAUGGGCAAUAACAUUUCACCUGGCGGGCAUCAAUUCCGCUUUCCCCCUGGAGCUGCUCUUGAAAUCAUGGUUGUCUGGCUGUACGAGCAGCGACCUGCUUCCAGCCUGCAGGAGUUGUUCGCUUCCGUUUUGGACUUUGGAGGCAGUUUGGAUCUGACAAAAAGAACCGAUAUCUCAGUCAAUCUAGAUGUUGACCUUGGCAGCUCGACUGCGACAGAGGAUGGCGAUUGCGUAGGCACAGCUCUCAUAGACAAGCCCGUGCCAGUUCAGGUGCUGCAGCCUGCCACGAGGCAGAAUCUGACUCACAAGCUUGAUGCCGACCAUUGGAAGUACUUCAAAGAUGCUUCUGCCCGUGGAAGGCACCAGUUCGAAUCCUUGGGGCGCCUACUGCGGCUCACAACCCCGCUGGGCCGCCGCCCGCUGCAAGAAUGUGAGAAUUGGUUAGCCUCAUUUGAUGCGAAGGUGUGUGACAUCCCACCGAUGUUUGCAGUCAACACCGUUACCAUGUUGGCACCUGACGCUUCCAUUGAUGACCGGACACGCCCCUCACGUUGGGGUUCGGUGGCCUCUUACUUGCACGUUCCCCUUCUGUGGGCAGCUGAACGAGAAGUUCUCGGCAAAGGCUUUAUACAUGGUCAGUUGCACAAUGAAGCAUCGAAUCACUUCUGGAAGUCUUCAACUGAAUAUUGGUUUGUAGAAGGCUUGGAGCCCAUUGACGGCAGACCAGCUGUGUCCAAACUCAGCAUCACGGGGCCAUUGGCUGACUCGGCGGAAGCAGCGUACAAGAUGCUUGUCCACGAUGCUCACCAACGUUGCCAGGCAGCGGGCUUCAGUCCGGUCCGUCCGAAUGUCGCGCGGGCGGUGAGUCUCCUAUUCCACGAGGAGGCAUGGAAGCAGGUUCGGGAAAAGUAUGAUGCAAAGGACGUGAACCUGCAGCAUCCUUCUCAACUCCUUUGGAAGAAACAGCUGGAAGCGCAUCGUCUCGAUCAGUUGAUGGAUGUUUUCAAAGUGCAGGUUGAUCUCCAUGAGCCACCCCGGAGAAGUGGAAAGCUGUGGCAGAACGAGGCAUCAAAGGUCCAUCGAAUGUGCCAAGCCUUGGCAAUCUUUGUCGACUUGUCAGAUGAUGCUGUGCUGGUGGUGGUUGGGCCUUGCACAUUUUCAUCCCAAGGCGCCAAGAAUUGGGCCUUUUGUUGGAUGCUGGAGGCAUUGUUCGAGGUCGGCCAAGCACCAAUUCCUGAGACCAUUCUUCGUCGGAAGGGGUUAGCUGCGAAUGACCCAACGAUCGUGCCAAUAUCCCAGAAUCUGCCCAAGUGGUGCAUGAAAUGCCCAUUUCCUGCAGCCCUACGAGGUGAGCCGCUGUAA